ACUAGCUUUAGCUUUUCAAUAAUUCAUGCCCUGCUAAGAUAAUCUUGUUUUGCUACCCCAAACUCUAAUUCUCAAUAUUUGAAAUUAAUCAGAGAGAUUGAGAGAGCAAUUUCAUUACCAUACGAUUGAAUUCUGCAGCAAAUCUCUCUUUGUAAAGCCAUGGAAGGAGUGUCUUCAGCAGCCAUUGAAGUUCUUGUCCAAAACCUGAUCAACCUUUUCAAGGAUGAGUACUCUCUGCUUCGAGGUCUCGAUGAAGAUGCACAGCAGCUGCAGAGGACUUUGGGGAUGAUUCAAGCCUACUUGAAUGAUGCUGAGAAGAAAUCCAUCACACAAGAUGUUGUCAAGAAAUGGUUGAGGGAGCUUGAAGCCGUGGCUUUCGAUGCUGACAAUGUCUUGGAUAAACUCAGCUAUCAUCUUCUCCACAAAAAAGUACAAAAGAUGAAAUCAUCCAAGGAUAAGGUACUAUCAUGCUUCUCAUCCUUUAAUGGCAUUUUGCACCGGCGUAAUAUGGCUCACACAAUCAAACAAAUCAAUGCUACUUUUGAGUCUAUGAACAAAAGGGCAACAAAUCUUGGCCUUCAAAGCAUGAUUGUGAAUGCAUCUGCUGCUGCUGUUGCUCAUACUUCCAUUGAGACGGAUUCGUUCAGUCUUGAUCCAAUCUUUAUUGGAAGAGAUGACGAUCUGCCUAAAGUAGUUGACAUGCUCACUCAGACCCACCCAAUGGAAGAGAAACGGGUUUUCUCCAUUGUUGCUCUUGUGGGAAUGGGGGGUAUGGGGAAAACUACAUUGACUAGAAAAGUCUUUAAUCAUGAGAGGGUAAAGGCUCGAUUCGGAUCACUAAUUUGGGUUCAUGUUUCUCAAACUUUUGAUGCAAUUAGUCUUUUCAACAAAAUACUUUAUAAGGUGACUAAAAAGGCUAGUGAUGGAGUUGAGAACAGAGAUGAUAUUCUGGAAAAGCUUCAAGAAGCUCUCAAGGGUAAAACUUAUCUCCUUGUUCUUGAUGAUGUAUGGAAUGAUGAUGUUUCGAAAUGGGAAGACUUUAUAAACUCCGUACUGGGAGUUACUUCUACUAACGGAAAUGGCAUUAUCGUCACCACUAGGAGUGCAAAAGUUGCUUCCAUUGUUAACCCAUUUCAUAUUCAUCAUUUGAAUGGCUUAUCAGAUGAAGAUUGUUGGUCUAUAAUCAAAGCCAAACAUUUUGAUAAAAAUGGUGAAGUUCCAUCAGGAUUCGAGAUGAUUGGAAGAAAGAUUGCAAAAAGAUGCAAAGGUUUGCCCCUAGCUGCCAAUGUAGUCGGGGGAGUGCUUCGCGGUAAGUCCGAAGAAGAGUGGCACUUCAUCAAUGAAAAUUGGCUUUCGGAUGAUGAAGGCGGUGAAAAUAUCUCAAAAAUAUUGAAAUUGAGCUAUGAUCACCUAUCCUCACCGUCGCUCAAGAAAUGUUUCACGUUUUGUUCGGUUUUCCCCAAAGGUUUGGAAAUCGUUAAGGAAGAGUUGAUUGAACUAUGGAUGGCAGAAGGGUUUCUUCAACCUACCCGAAGAGAUGACAUGGAGUCUGUGGGUAACAUGUUUUUUAAUGUGCUUCUACAAAACUCUUUGUUACAAGUUGCAGAGAAAGACGAUUCUGAAAGUGUUUCAAAGUGUGUGAUGCAUGAUCUUGUGCAUGAUCUUGCAUUUUCUGUCUUAUCCAAUAAUGCAGAUGACAGUACCCCUGCUCGAUACAUGUUUCUGAAAAAAGAAUCAAGUCCUAUACCAAAAAAUGUGGCCAACCAUUUGCGUACAUUAUUCUUGGAAGGUGGAACUUCUUGUACUAAGUUCUCAAGCUUUGAGUGUUUGCAUAAUCUGACUCUUUCUGGUGAGUAUAAAGAGUUGCCCAAUUCAAUUAGGGAGUUGGUACAUUUGAGAAAUCUGAAUAUUUAUGAUACAGAAAUUGUAAACUUGCCGAAAUGGGUUGGUAAACUCCAUCACUUGCAAACAUUAAGAGCACGCUGGAGCUUAGAGAAUCUGCCAAGUACGUUGAAGUAUAUGUUUAACCUAAGGCAUCUUUAUAUUGGUUCUAAUACAAAGUUGCCAGCUGAGAUUGGGAGAUUAACUAGUCUUCAAACACUACCUUACUUCACAGUAGGCAAAGAGAAGGGCUACCAAAUUGAAGAGCUCGGAAAUUUGAAGAAUCUCAAAGGAAAACUAGUAAUUCGUAAUCUGGAGGAGGUGCGUGAUAAGGAAGAGUCUCUGAAAGCAAAUAUAUUUCAAAAACCAAACUUAUUAGAUUUGGAGUUUGCAUGGGUUUAUGAUAGAGAAGAUGAAAGAAAUGAUGAGAGUGUGUUGGAAGGUCUCCAACCUCAUGCCUAUCUGAAGAAGUUGGAGAUUUCAGGAUUCAAAGGCAAAAGACUUCCAACAUGGGCUGAGAAGAUGGAAGUACGUGAUGGGCCACAAGGAUCUUGGGUACCACAAGACAACUUGAUUGAAUUAACACUCUACAGGUGCUCAGAAAUUGAGGAAAUUCCAAAGCUGGAGCUCUUGUCUAAUCUCAAGUCUCUUUCAUUGGAAGGAUUGAAGAAGGUGAGGUAUAUAAAUACUUCAUUCAAUCAUUUAACGUCACUCCGAUUAGAAGAGUUAAAGGCAUUGGAUUGCCUGCCGGAAUGGAUAUUCUAUAACAAUCAGAAACUCUCAUAUUUGUACAUAUCAAAAUGUCCUUUGUUGAGGGAAUUACCAGAUGGUGUUGACACCCUCAAUUCUCUGGUGGUGUUGGAAAUUAGGAAUUGUGAGAAUCUGAAGUCGAUUGGGAAUCCAAGUGGUGGAGCAAGACAAUCACAGGGGAUCUUCCGUUGGCUGAACAUUGUAGACUGCGGAGAGCUGAUGGAAUUGCCGUGUCAAAUGCUAGAGUCGUGGGCCCCUACAAUUGAGGAUCUUAGAUUGGUAGGAUUAAGGAGGCUAAAGAAUCUACCAAUGCUAAUUGACAGCCUCGCUAAAUCAUCUACUUGUCUCACAUAUUUGAUAAUCAUAGGUGUUCCUAAAUUGAUGGCUGCUAGUAGUGGUAGUGUUGAGAGUUGGGAUCUUAGCAGCUUGAGCACAUUAAGCAUAGAUGUGAGUGUGGAAUGGUCAAGAGAGGAUAGUGUUAGCAUUGCAGAGACUGUGGAUGGGAUGCUGCAAAGAUGCUGCAACACACUUAGUGGCUUAAAGUUGAAGGGGGUGGAAAAUUGGGAGUGGCUGCCCCAAUCCAUUCAAAAUCUCACUGCUCUUUAUUGGUUAACGUUGGAGAAUAUAGGAGUAGAAGAAUUGGCCCAAUGGUUGGGGAACCUCUCAUCUCUAACAGAGUUAUUUCUACGGAAUUGCAACAAGUUGAAGCGUCUGCCCUCUAUGGAUGCAUUGAAGGAACUCGAUGUUAAUGAUUGCCCAGAACUACGUAUUGAUUCGGAGUGGCGCAACCACCAUCGCCAUCUGGAAAUCAGGGUUGAUGGCCAACCCGUUUAAAUGUUGUUGCAAGUAAGUAUCAUAUUCUUUUCAUAUUCCGUUUCAGAAAAGAAUUUAUUGAAGCUAUGGUCUGCUGCUCUCUGUUUUUUAUAGAUCGCCUACGGUUUUGCAUGUAUUUCCAAAACUACCAAAUUGUCAAAUUUUAAGAUAGCACCAUCCGAUCUUAGAUAAACCAAUUGACAAAUAUUAAUAGUAUAUGAUUUUUGUUGUUAUUGGUAUAGCUUCUGUGAAAUUCAAGGUUAGAAAGAUGUUUCUAUAAAAAAAAUCUUUGUGAUGUGCACGUUUUUUUCAUCAUUGUUUUCUUUCAUGAAACUUUGCUAAUAUAGAGAAUCAUAAGUUCUAUUUGUUUUAAAUUCCUCUCCUUCAUUAACCAUCUUAUACCUCUUAUUGAUGCAGUUCCAGCCGACGAGCUUAAAAAGUCGGCCUCAGAAUAACUUGAUAUUCACAUAGGACUUGUGAAACAGGCUAAGAAAUCAAACAUAGGAUUCCGUUGGAGGUGUGUUGAUGCAUAAUGAAUUUUGGUCAUCGGAGUAUUUACGUUUUUUAUUUCCUUUCCAUUUUAGGUUUUACAAACCAUAUAUGCUAAUUAUUUUUUAAGUCAGAUUUUGGUAUUGAAUAAAAGUUAAGGUUUCAAGAAACUAGGAAGUGAUGUGAAUCAAAUAGAAUCCGUGCAUUUCAGAGUGUUUUGUCUGAUUCAUUUGGAUAUAUUUCAUACCAUAUAGGUUGAGAUUUAAGAAGCUAAGAACAGAGUUCGGACAGAGCCAGAAAAGAAUAUUGAAGUUGUAGGAUUUCUCCAUAGACUAUGAUACGAUCCUAACUCUCUUUUA